AUGUCGUCAGAGAAGGAAGCUUCAAGCUCCAAAGAGAAACGUAGACUAUCGUGCACUGCUCACUUUGAUGCCCUCUGGUUCUGCUACUCCCCGGUUCAUCAAAUGCAACAGUAUUACAGGCUUGGUGUUCUUGAUAACUGUUCUGGUAAAUGGAAAGCAAUGGUUGACUGCUUAAUGCUCAAGACCAAACCCAGUUCUCAAGUCGAGGAAAUCCUGGCAGCUCAAGAGAAAUCAAAGCCACACAUAUGGAGUUUCAGAACACGAUAUGAAGCUUCACAAUACUGGCGAAGACGAUAUGGUCAUUUAGACAGGCCUGAAUGAGGAAAAUCCUUGUGUGCAGAAGCAUGCGUUUUGCAUUCUGAUUUUAUUUGCAUUUUGGAGAGAGAUUUUUAGUGACCAAAUAAAGUUUAUAUCAAAUUGAAGGUGCCAGAAAGCUAGAUUUUAAUUAUUUUUUUGUGCAACUUUCACAUUGAAUUUUGCAUUGAGAAGACUUAAUGUGUGUUUGAAUUGGUGGUGGAAAUAAUUGAUUUUGAUA